AUGAACUAUAUUUACUCGACCGUCAAUACCCUGCGCGACAGGUACACGCCCGUCUCGCACACGUCGACGUUUCGCCAGACCGGCCAGAUCACGCCCGAGGAGUUUGUCGCCGCGGGCGACUACCUCGUCUACAAGUUCCCGACAUGGGCGUGGGGCGACGCCGAUGACGAGAGCCGCCGCGUGAGCUACCUGCCCGCCGGUAAGCAAUAUCUCGUCACCCGCAACGUGCCGUGCGACCGCCGCCUGAAUGACGACUUUGCCGGCGACGCGGGCCACGAGGAGUCGGUCGUCCACGACGGCUUCAGCAAGGCCGGUGGCGCUGCUGCGGGCGACGCCGCCGCGGGUGACAACGACGAGGAUGGCUGGCUGAGGACGGGCGGGCUCGCGAGCUCGCAGCCGCUCAAGGCCAGGGACGUCCGCACGGUGGACGACGCGGGCAAUGUCGGCGUGGCGGAUGACGAGGAGGAGGAUGACAUUCCGGACAUGGAGGACGAGGAUGAUGACGAGGCUAUCAUCCGCGACGCCGGCGCCGGCGCCCAAAAAAGCGGCCGACGCACAUAUACCCUCUACAUCAUGUACACGCCCUACUACCGCACGCCGCGCCUCUACCUCUCCGGCUACCAGACCAACGGCCAGCCCCUCCCGCCGCACGACAUGAUGGACGACAUUGUCGGCGACUACAAGGACAAGACGGUCACGCUCGAGGACUUUCCCUUUUUCGCCAACAACAUCAAGAUGGCGUCGGUGCACCCGUGCAAGCACGCCUCCGUCAUGAAGACGCUGCUGGACCGCGCCGACGCGGCCCUGCGCAUCCGCCGCGACAAGCUCGCCAGGGGGCAGGGAGUCAAAGCGCCGGCAGGGAUGGAGGGCCUGGUGGAUGAGAUUGGCAAGCUCGACGUCAAGGGUGCCCAGGAGGCGGCCGACAAGGACGAGUGGGAGGAGGUGCAGGAGACGGAGGCGGUGGACGAGAAUGAGGUGGCGAUUCGCGUGGACCAGUAUCUGGUUGUAUUCCUCAAGUUCAUGGCCAGCGUCACGCCAGGCAUCGAGCACGACUUUACCAUGGGAGUAUAA